GUCACUGUAGUGCAUCUGAUUCUCAGCUCAUUUGGCCAAUGGGCAUUUGUCAGAUCACUCCCAGUGAGUAUGGUAUUGCUGUUAGUACAUACGGCGGCACACCCGGUGUUGCUGUUGAUUCAAAGAUCCUUUUUAUCAAAGUCAACAAUAGCCAGCUGGUGAAAGACAGAAUACUUAAAUUUCAACAUCACAUUGUUAGUAUUGUCUACCAAAAGGGAGACCUGUUUGUAACCUCUGGCACUGCUCUGUUCAAGUACAAACUGAGUGAUACAUGCACACUUGUCAGCAAACUGCAUGAAGAUAAAUCAAAUAAAUCGACAGUAUCACGUUGUGCAGUGAGCCCUACGGGUGACAAGUUGUAUAUCACUAGCCCCUACCAGCACAGGCUGCUCACUCUGGCCAAGGAUGGAUCAAUCCUUGCCACCUUCAUGGACCCUGCACUAAAAUUUCUGUCUGGUUUACACGUGACACCUGCAGGCCAGGUACUGGUGUGUGGACGGGAUUCAAAAAAUAUCAUACAGGUGGAUAGUAAGGGUAGUAUGAAGCUGGCCACUCUUGCUACUCGGAGUGAUGGAGUUGAGGGUCCAUUUUCAGUCUGCUACAACAGAAUUACUGACUCCAUUAUUGUGGGACAGUGGGAGCACGAAAAGAUCCUGGUGUACAAAGUGAAAUAGCUUAUUAUACCUGUAUCUUAUUUGUACUAUAAUAAGUGAUAUAAAUUACAAUAGCUGUAAAUAAUUGUUUUAUUACAAUGUAACAAUAUUUUUUAAUAUAGUACAACUUGUAUAAGGUGAUGAAAGUAACAAUAGCUGUUUAUGUAAUAGUGUAUGUUAAAUUGCAAGAAUGAUUUUGAAAUAAGGAUACACAUAUUUUUAUGCCCCCGAAGGAGGUCAUAGUGAUCGGACUGUUCGUCCGUCCGUCUGUCUGUCACAAUUUUUGUUUAGGUUUCGAAAAAUGCUCAUAACUUCUAUGUUGCUUCAGAUAGCAACUUGCUAUUUGGCAUGCAUGUGUAUCUCAUGGAGCUGCACAUUUUGAGUGGUGAAAGGUCAAGGUCAUCCUUCAAGGUCAAAGGUAAAAAAAACAAAUCCAAGGGAAGUAAUAAGCUUUUAAGGGAGAUAAUUAUCUGUACCUGCCAAAUGAUAAAAAAAAUCAAUAAAUCAAAGCGGCGCAGUAGGAGGCAUUAUGUUAUUGACAAACACCUCUCUUGUUCUAAAAUUGAAGUUAUUUUUAGCUCGUCUGUUUUCGGAGAAAACCCGAUGUAUUGUCAUAGCCAGCUUGUCGUCCGACGUCUGCCGUCCCACGUCCACGUUGUGCUAAAACCUUAACAUUUUGUUAAGGUUUUGAACAUUGGCUCUAAAAUCAAAGUGCUUCAACCUACAACUUUGAAACUUCAUAUGUAGCUGCACCUUGAUGAGUUCUACAUGCCGCACCCGUUUUUGGGUCACUAGGUCAAGGUCACUGUGACCUCUAAAAAAAACAAAAAAACUCUGACAAGCUUUCAUUUAUUAGCUCGACUUUUCGAAGAAAAAUGAGAGCUAUACUACUCACCCCGGCAUCGCCGUCGCUUUCGGCGUUGGUGAAAGUUUUUUUAUAAAGUCAAAUAACUUUAACACCAUCAAAGAUAAUUAACUCAAACUUGGAAUACUUCUUUAUGGCUACAAGACAAUUGUGUAGGUUGAGGUGCAUGACUCUUGUCAGCAUUAUUUUUAGAGUUAUGCCCCUUUUUAUACUUAGAAUUUUUUUUUUGUUGUUAAGUUUUGUGUUUAUUUCUAUGUCCACUUUAUUUCUAAAGUAUCAAAGCUAUUGCUUUCAUACUUGCAACACUUACUACCUAUCAUAAGAGGACUGUACAGGCAAAGUUAUGUAAUUCUGACUGGCAUUUUGACAGAAUUAUGGCCCCUGUUAUACUUAGAAAAUUGAAAAUUUGGUUAAGUUUUGUGUAUUGGUCCAUUUUACUCUUAAAGUAUCAUAGCUAUUGCUUUCAGACUUGAAACACUCGCUAACUAUCAUAAGAGGACUGUACAGGACAAGUUGCAUAACUCUGGUUGGCAUUUUGACAGAAUUAUGGCCCUUUUUUGACUUAUAACUUUGAAUAUUUUGUUAAAUGUUGUGUUUAGAUGCACUUUACUUCUAAAGUAUCAAGGCUAUUGCUUUCAAACUUCAAAAAAAAUCUUACUAUCAUGAGGGUACUGUACCUGGCAAGUUGAAUUUGACCUUGACCUUUGAAUGACAUUGAAUCUCAAGGUCAAAUUAAUAAAUUAUGCUUAAAUUGCCAUAACUUCUUUAUUUAGGAUUAGAUUUGAUUCAUACUUUAACAAAACAACACUUACCUGACAUACCACAAUGGACUCCACCCAAACCAUCCCCCACGCCCCACCCCAAU